AUGUGGGCUGAUUUUUUUUUCAGUCAAUGUGGUAAUGAGAAUCUGUGAUCUGCCACCGUCACAUUCACGUAACUUAGGUAAAAGCGAUCGGGUAGCCUAGUAACUCGAUUGUUAUCAACGACUUCUACCCCCAGCAUAAAUUACAGACAGCUUUCAACGGAGUAUAAAAGGCCAAUUUCAAUCAUGUUCUCCAAUACUCGUCAGUGACUGCAAGCUGCUAACACGCCGAGACAGACAGAAAGAAAGAUGUCUUCUGGCAUCAAGGUUCCGCUACACAUCUUGCUGCUGUGGCUGGUGACUCUCCAGGGACAAGCCAGAUACAUUGAGAAAAAUGAAAUAAUCGAGGACACUUUAGGGCUUCUGAACCCCGAGCUGAAGCGAGAACUUCCUCAAGGGUACGUCUACAGCCGAAAUCUAAAAUGUAUUGACAUGCUGAGUGUAGACGGACGGUUCACAUUCAGUGCCGAUCAGCCACAGCUCCAUUGUGGUACCUUCUUCAUUGGCAAUCCAGAUGAGAUUAUCUCCCUUGAAUAUAAUUAUGUCAACAUAGACUGUCAAGGUGGAGACUUCCUCAAGGUCUUUGAUGGCUGGAUAUUGAAGGGUGAGAAAUUUCCAAGCACCUUGGAUCACCCCCUCCCCACCUCAGAGCGUUACAUUGAUUUUUGUGAUAGCAACAACAUCAGGACAAUAAUCAGAUCCUCUCAAAAUGUGGCAAUGCUGUUCUUCAGAAUUCAGACGCCCGGAAAUGGAUUUUCCUUAACAGUAAAGAAAUUGAUCAAUCCUUUCCCUUGUAACGUGAUUUCGCAGACUCCUGAUGGAAGAUUCACGAUGGUCAUUCCUCAUCAGAAGAGAAACUGCAGCUUUUCCAUCAUUUACCCAACUGAAAUCAUGAUCUCUGAGCUGACCCUGGGACAUUUCAAUGACCUGCAGAUACCUGUUAAAAGCUGUGGUGGAGCAACUGAUUUUGUGCAACUUUUGGGAGGGAAUAGACUGGACCCCAGCAGGAUGUACCCAGUGGCUGACAUUUGCUACUCUUUCAGUGGACCAGCACAGAUGAAGAUCGGCUGUGACAACACCGUGGUGCGCAUUGUGUCCAGUGGCAAGUACAUAAAUCGCCUAACAUUUGAGUAUCGCCAGCUGCCGCAGCAUGAGUUGGACAAACAAAAUGAAAACGGAGUUGAGGAUUUUUGCUAUGCUGCUGAUUGAGCGAACCCCUCUCCACAUAUUCCUCCCACUCUCCGAUUGAAGGAGUAAAGCUGUGGCACAGCUGUAAUUCUGUCAAAAAUACAUUAUGGGAUCUGUAGUGGACGUUUGUUACUACUUUGUUAAUUCAUUUAUUAUAACUUCGCCAGAUAGCUGUUAAAUUGCCUUUCUGGUUAAUUGACUCUGUGGUGGGUUCCUGCUGCUUUGUCAGUCAAUUAGACAGUAAAUGUUUAGUUAGAUUAGCAGCUAGAAUGGUCAGUAGGCCAUCAGAAAAAUGUUCCAUUGCUUGCUGAAACCUCAUUUCUUUCAAUUGUGAGAUCAAAUUAUAAUUACUUUAUAUUUAUUGUUUAAAAACGAUUCUGUUACACUGGGCCACCAGCAUUGUAUAAAACACUUUGUGAAGCAAUCAAAUACUGUGUAAAUAAAGAUAAUUAACAACAAUAUCUUUAUUCUGUGCUAUGCUGGUGUGGUCAUUUUGUUUUGUUCUGAAAGAAAUUGUAAACUCAGUAUAUACUUGGAAAGUGUUAAAAUCCCUCAGAGGAAGAAUCACCAGUCCCUCUACAAUUGUGUCAAAGACACUGCAUUGGUUAAUAAUGAUGAGGUAGCAGCCUAAAUUUUUUCAGGUAUCAAACUCAUAUUAAAAUUGCAAAAACGAGGCACAUUCACAUUUAGACUAUUGAUUUCAAAGAGCAAGAUGGGAAUUUUAACCUGGGUAAAAUGUUGGGAUUGGGUGGUGGUUAAAGGUUUAGAUGGGUAAAAAUUCUGAGUGCGUUGGGAUGAUGGCUCCAACUCAGCGACUUCUGGAUUUUAUUACAGCUGGAAAUAAGGUGGCAAACAAUCCAUUGCCAAGAGGAAAGUUAACAUUUUAAAUAUGGACUGCUUCCUGUCUUCCCCCACCCCUUCACAAGUUCCCCCCACUAUCACAUCCCCAUCACCUCCAAACAAACACCCCCUGGAUCAGAACACUCCAUGAUUUGAGGAUCAGAUACCCCAACCCCUUCACCUGGGUCAGGGAUUAGACCACCAUGGGCUGGGCAUUGCUCUACCCCUGAGGUUGGAGAUCAGAAUUCCUUUGGAAUUAGAUAUCCCCGGGAUGAGCGAUCAAACCCACUUGAUGAUCAGACACCCACCAGGGUCAGGGAUUGGACCCCCACCUGGUAUUGGAGAUUGGGCCCCACUUCGGUUUAGAUAACUCUGGGUCAAGGCUCAAACUUGUUCUGGGAUUGGACACCUACCAGAGUCUGGGAACUGAUUUAUCCCUUCCCCCAGGAUCUGAUGCCCCAGGAUCAGACACUUUCCCUGCCAAAGAGUCUGGGAUUUGACCUACCUGGUCCUGUAGUCACCACCAUUGUGCUCCCUUCCUGACUGGAAGCCAAACCUGUUAUUCACGUUGAUCAGGGAAUCUAUGAAUGACAGAAGAUGCGUUCUGUGUGUUAAGACUCCAGUAUAUAUGAGAAAAACAAAGUCUUCCUGGUUUCCCAACUAUUAGACCACCAAUCCAUCCCUUCUGGUGUCACUCCCAGCUUGCCAGUAAGAAAAACUACUCCACCCAAAGAAGUGAAAGGAGAGUUCAGACAAGUGUUCCCCUUUAAGUAGCUGAUACAGCAUUUCUAAUAAGAGGUUUUAAUAUUAUUAAGUAUAGUCAUUAUUUAGUAUAUUGUCAUAAUUAAAUUCUUUUAAUAAACAUUUGAAUGGCAUAAGAAUCUGUAUAUUGAAGUUUAAUCAUCUAUAUUUAACUCGAAGACAAAAUAAAGUAACAUGGACCAUC